AUGUCAGAAUCCCCGGAUGUUCUCUGGAACUACAUUGUCGUCGUUGACGCCGGCGCAGAAAUAUCACAGGUGUUUAUUUACCGGUAUAAUGACAAUGUAGAGCAGGGGGAGGUAGUCAAGCUCGAAACGCAGAGAGACUGGUCAACUCAAAUCGCACCAGGGCUAGCAACGUUUUUGGACGGCAAGAAUGAAAGCAACCUGGAUUUAGAGAAAGACCACCUCGAAGCAAUUGACGCAUUCACGAAAUCCAUUGUUCCCGCGGAUCAAAUGCGAAGGACGCCACUUUUCUUGCAUUCCACGGCUACUUUGAGGGCAGAACAAAAAAAGCCCCGGCAUAAGCUGAUGCAACAGAUUUGCUCUUACUUUAAAGAUAAAAGCGAGCUCAUUGUUGAAGAUUGUCAGAACCAAAUCUACGAGAUCGUCCCCGAGAUGGAAGCGUCGCUGGGGUGGUUGACUGUCAACUCCCUCAAGGGAACACUAGACAAGUCAGAAACGUUUUUGGAACUGGCUCCAGGCAAUGUGCAAGCUGUAUUUGAGCCCAAGGAAGAUCUCAAGUCAAAAACGUACCGCAUCAGACUCAAUGGUGGAAAUAGCGACGCAAAGUCCUACGAUGUGCUGCCCAAAGUUUAUGAAGGGUUGGGUGUACUGACAUUGCGUCAAAAGUAUGUGGAUGAUUUAAAGGGCCCCGAGGACCCCUGCAUGCCAAUAGGCCUUGAAUUGAAUGGCCAUAAUGGUACGGGAAACUACGAGGAGUGCAGCAAGGCCGUGCACCAAUAUGUGAAAAAGAUUGACGACCUGGAUUUGGAUCAAGACGAAAAGUAUAACCACAAGGUGGUGGCUACCAACAUGUUUACAAAGUACAUUACGGCGGUUGACGGCAAUAUUGACAAGUUAAAGGCAUUCUGUGAAAGCAAUUGGUCGGAUAUUGAAAGAGAUCGGCUGACGGAUGCUAAAGAAUCGCUCACCGUCGCGGACUUCCAAGAGCUUUGCUUUGGUGCUACUGUUGCCUUUGAUGUUCUGCAGGAUGGAUUCUCCCUCAAGAUCAACGAUAUAGAGUUGGUCAAAGAGAUCAACGAUGUGCCCUAUUCAUGGACCUAUGGUCGUGCUCUUGUGUAUGCAUGUGACGAAAAGCACCCCGGUGGAGGCAUUCAACCGAACUCGGCAAGCAAUAUCUGGUACCUGGGCUCUAAUCCUUCAAUGGCGCGGCCUCAAUUAGGAGACGUUGCGUCCCGCCUAGACAGCGGUUCGCACCGGCUCUACGGCGGUCUCGUCUUUCUCGGGGCCCUCCUGCUCGUGGUGUAUCUUCUUCUGGGCAAGACCCGCCGACAUCAAAUCUCUCAAGGAAUCUGGAAGCGGUUUGGGGGCCGUGAAAAAUACGUCGGUGUUCGUCACGACGACUUUGAAUUGGACGAACUCGACGACGAAUAUGAAGUGUAA